AUGCAUGAUCUGCCUUCCAUUGAGAACAUUGUGACCUCAGUGGAGGAAACGCCCCAGGCCAUUAGCACCAAAGUCACCGGCCAAAUCCCAGAGUGGAUCAAUGGAAGCUUCUUGAGAAACGGUCCUGGAAAGUUUGAGAUUGGGAACGACAAGUUCAAUCACUGGUUUGACGGUAUGGCUCUCCUGCACCAGUUCAAAAUUUCCAAAGGUCAGGUGACUUACAAGAGUCGCUUCCUGUGCAGCGACUGCUACCUGUACAACAAGGAGAACAACCGAAUCAUGGUGUCAGAGUAUGGGACUGUUGCCAUGCCGGACCCCUGCAAAAACUUCUUCCAGCGCUUCCUGUCCAGAUUUGAAAUACCACGAAACUCAGAUAAUGCCAGCGUGAGCCUUGUGACCUACAAGGGGGAUUAUUAUGCUUGCACAGAGUCCAACUUCAUGUACAGGGUGGACCCUGAGACACUCGAGACCAUGAAAAAGGUGGACUGGAGCAAAUUUGUUGCUGUGAACGGAAGCACCGCACACCCUCACACUGACCCUGAUGGUACAACGUACAACAUGGGGAAUUCCUACACUAUUAAAGGAGCGUUCUACAACAUCAUCAAAGUGCCUCCAACAAAGAAGAAACCCACAGAAACCCUGGAGGGAGCCACAGUGCUCUGCACUAUUCCCUCAAUAGAGAGGACCAGACCCUCCUACUACCACAGCUUUGCGAUGACAGAGAACUAUCUGGUGUUCAUUGAAAUUCCCAUCAAGCUGGACCUGUUGAAAAUCGUGACAGGCAGACUGAGAGGGACGUCCAUCAGUGAUGGUGUCUACUGGGAUUCCAACCUUGACACUAUCUUCUAUGUGAUUCACAAACAGACAGGGAAGGUAAGUGCAACCAAGUACCGUGCCAAGCCAAUGACAACCUUCCACCAGAUCAAUGCCUAUGAGGAGGGCAACUUCUUGAUAAUGGAUCUGUGUGCUUCAGACAAUGGCGAGACCAUUAAUAACUACAUGAUUCAGAACCUUCGCAAGUCUGGAGAAGCACUUAACGAGGUGUACAACAAAAUGUGCAAAAUGUUCCCGAGGCGUUUUGUCCUGCCACUCAAUGUGAACGAUGACACACCCUGUGAUCAGAACCUGAACACCCGGCCCAACAGCACAGCCACUGCUGUUAAGAUUGCCAAUGAGGUGCACUGCACCCAUGAAGACCUCCAUGGGGAGGAUCUCUACAAAUAUGGAGGUCUAGAGUUCCCUCAAAUCAACUAUGCCAAGUACAACACACGCCCUUACCGCUACUUCUAUGGCUGUGGCUUCAGACACCUGGUAGGAGACACACUGAUCAAGAUGGACCUUGAAGGAAAACACAUGAUGGUGUGGGAGGAACCUGGUUUUUAUCCCUCUGAACCAGUCUUCAUCCCCUCCCCUGAUGCCACUGAGGAAGACGAUGGUGUCCUCAUGUCCGUGGUCAUUACUCCAGAUAAGGACAAGAGUGCAUUCCUCCUGGUUUUAGAUGCCAAGAGCUUCCAGGAGCUGGGCAGGGCUGAGGUGCCUGUUAACAUUCCCUAUGGUUUCCAUGGGACGUUCAACGCCACUGCACAUGUAGAGGGGUAG